AUGGUCAGGACGCUUAGGAGAUGGGGUAGGAGGUUUACUAAAGAAGACGGUACGCCUUGCCGGAAACACAUGGCAGCUUUUGAAAUUGAGGGCAUUGUUGAAAGCCAUGGUGGUGAAUUUCUGCAGCCAUCUUUACCUGAUAUAUCUCCAGAGCAUGAAGUUUCCUUCGUAUUGAGUUUCUAUCUGAAUGGGUACUCUUUAGGAAAACUCUAUGAGCCAGUUUACAGAAGCAAGAAGUUUCUUUUCCAACAAAAGUUGGGUUACAAGAGACAAGAAUUUUUGGGGCAAAAUUAUAGAUUUCUGAGUGGAGUUGAUACAGCUUCCUCAGUACUAUACGAGAUGAAGGAAUGCAUCUUAAAGGGUCAACCAUGUACACAAUACAAUAACAGAAAAGAUAAGAGCACGUUCUGGACUUUUCUUCGCAUAUCACUAGUUCGUAAUGCUUCAGGCAAGACGGCAUAUUUUGUGGGUGUAUUGCGGAAACUCUGA